UCCGCGUUUUCACACAACAGUAUUAACAAUUUUUCCAAGUGUUUAAACACUUUAUUUAAACAUGUUUAAAUGCGAUAAGUGUCCAUCGGUUUUUAACGCGAAGCGUAAUUUGUUGACUCAUAAAAAAACUCAUCUCGGAAUUCGAUUUCCAUGCACUAUUUGCCCUACGACAUUUAAAUACAAGUCAGAUCUUAAUAGACACCAAAAAAAUCUUCAUGGUAUGUAUUUAUAUAAUAUUAUUUUUCAUCAUUCAUGAUAUUAAUUUAAAAUAAUUUUUUCAAGGUAUCAUUAACGUGCCUGCCCAUCGUCAACCCGCCCCACGUGAAGAUAUACAGAUAACACCACAAAUAACUGUUCCAGAUAUACCGGCUGGUGGUUCAAACAUGUUAUCUGAUGACGAUAUUUGUAUGCUUGCAAUGGACGCAUAUGAAAUGCUAGACGCUAAUACAGAUUCUUACACUACAACCGAUAACGGAAAACGUACUUCUUCCGCAAACACUACGUCUGCUAUCAAAGCUAAAAAAGCACGUUUACUUCUUGUACAGUCUCCCGGCUUUAUCGAAAUUUCGUCUUCUGCAAAUAGAAAAGUCGUAUGGUAUUACGCAAAAAAUAUCGAAAAUAUUCAAAACUAUAUUGAAUUUUUUAAUUCGAUUAAAUCUGAAUUAGUCGAGUUACUAAAAUCACAAGCGUCUAAACAUCCGAUCAAGUUUAAUUUAAAGCUGGAAGCUACAUACAAUAUUCCAAAUGUUGAUAAUACAUCAGAAAACCGUUCAUUUAAGACCUCAGCUAGACCGAUUUUUGCCGAAACUGGUGUACGGGAAAUUGUUGAAGAAGGCAUUAUAAAAUUAAUGGCUGAACAAGACGAAUAUUCUAGCAAGGGAAGUGGUUAUACGCUACAGUGUAUUGACGGAAUAUUAUUAGGUGUUUAUCAAUAUACGCCUAUGAGCGCAUCGUCUUAUAUUCCGUUACCUGAUUUCAUUGAAAGAAAAAAAGCUGUAAUCAACCCGUAA